AUGAGCUCUGCGAUACAGGCCAAGGAGCGGCAAUACGCCCAGCUCGCCUCGAGCUUGACCAGACUUUCUCGUGCGAUCGGCCAAACGUCCGUGUUGUUCGAACAACUGCAGGUCGAUCUUGAUGCCAUGCGCACACUCUCCGGCUUGCAUGCCGCCCAGUUCAUGACGGGCGUGAGUUUGUCAGCAGGGAUGAGAGACUGGUCACUUGGAAGUCGCACAUCCUGUGGCGACCAGAUUGCCGAAGACGAAGCGCAGUGA